CUUGACGCUCUGACGCUAGUAUAUUGUACACGGAAAAGGCAGAUCAGCAAGCAACCGACAGUGAGAAAUGGCGAUGUUUCGGAGCUUGGAGUCAGGGCUGAAAAAGACCAGCGGCGCGGAAGGCGAGAGGGACAUAUCAGAAUUCGUCUGCCCCGUAUGCCUUGAGAUAUACGAUCGCCCUAUGACCACACAAUGUGGUCACACGUUCUGCUCGAGCUGUCUGCAGGAGUGCCUGCGUCCUCAGAAGCCAGUGUGUGCCGUGUGCCGGACUGCGCUCACCAAAUGGACAGCCUCUGUUGGGCUGGAGGCCCACAUUCAGAACUCCCAGGGGACCUGCAAGGGCUGUCGUGCACAGGUGUACCUGUCCCAGAUGCGCAGUCACACUGCAGCCUGCCCCAAGUUUCAGGAGUACAUCAUGGAAGGGGUCAGCACAACUGCCAAAUCACAGCCUUCCCGACUCAGCGCUGUGCCAAACCGCUUCACCUUCACCUGCCCAUACUGUGGCUUUCAGAACCUGGAUCAGGAGGGGCUAGUGGAACACUGCAAUGCCCAGCACUCACGUGACCCACGCCAGGUGGUGUGUCCAAUCUGUGCUUCGAUGCCAUGGGGAGACCCAAACUACAAGAGCGCCAACUUCUUCCAGCACUUAAAGAUGCGCCACACUUUCUCCUACGAUACUUUUGUGGACUAUUCAGCCGACGAGCACGCUAUGAUGCAAGAGGCUCUUCAGCGCUCCAUGCUGGACAACUAGCCAUCUACAGGGGGCAGAGAGGAGUCUCGGAUAACCAGUGCUGGCCGGGUUGUCAUGUACAGCGAAGGCAGCGGGAUUCCUACUUGCUUCACAGCACUAUUCAUUAAAGAGAUCAGUACAAACUGCAUUGCAACCUAUUCCCUCCUUGUUCCUUUGGGGGACAGACACACAAUCACUGGUAUGUGUUUUGCCCAUUUUACUGUCUUACCAUUAUUAGAAGGCAUUUAAAUAGGAACUACCCCUCUGAGCAUGCAACCUUGUUUGCACACACUCUCUGCUUCCGAUGCAGGGGCUAGGGAAUGUAUACAACGUGUGCACUAAUGGUCUGAAGGACUGUUAAAGAAUGUGUGUAAGCAGCAUGUAUGUUUGUUAGGAUAAGGUCGCAAAAUUGAGGACAUCUUAAAAUCCAAAUAAUUAUAAGUUAAUCACCAUCUGCCAGGUGACAACUGGAUACCUUAGGCAGACUAGGUUUGUUGAGAAAAGAUGUACAACAGCAUGUUCAAUGCAACUGAAGACUCUUGGUAGAGGUGAAGCAGUGAGGAAGAAUGUAUUGUGACAGUGUGAGGAUCAAGAACAAAGAUUCUGAAGAUAACAAAGCCCACUGAAAAAUCCCAUUGAGAUAACAUUACAAUGCCAGUGUAGUACUGUGCCCUGAAAGAACACUAGCACACACGUGGAUUAAGUUGCAAUACUUCACUGCAGACUCUUACUGAUAUGCUACCAGAGUUUGUAUUGGUUAAUACCAUUGUGAUUCCACAUCUAAAUGUGUUACCACUGUGGUUUAUAGAAUUGUAGCUGCCCAUUGCUACCAUUGUCUCGUAGUACAGAACCAUUGCAUAUCCAUUGAUUAUUUGGUUAGAGGGGCUACUAUAAUAAAUUAAAUAUGUACGUUUUAAUAACUUUCAAUAAUUUUUAGUUUUGGUAAUGCCCUCUGGCAACAGCUGUUUGUGAAGGCAGCAUUUUGGAGACUGCUAGAGGGGUUUUGCUGCAUUUACAAUGUACAAAAAUAGCCAAAAUUACCCAUGCAGGUGGUCUUUUAGUACAGUCUCUUAUAAACUGUGAAUUAAAAAAAAAACAUAACAUUUUACUGGUAAUAAUCUUGUUAGAACUUUAGAAUUGUGUUUCACUGUCAUUAGAAAGCUACUGUUGUGUGCAAGCGAGCAGAGAGUGCUGUAUUACAGUGGUGCUCUUGUAUAUUGGAUUGCCCUGUUCAUGUUUCUCACAUGACUAUAUUCAUACCAGUCUACUGUGUGUUGUACUUCUGAUGCAUUCUACAUAGAUGCACAGCAUAUGUAUUUUUUGUUUGUAAACGUUUCUCUGUACUUCUUGUGUAAGGAAAGUACAUUUACCUUGUAUAGUAAAAUAAAUACAUGGUAAAUCCAA